AUGGUGGUGCACCGUAAGGAUGAUGAUGAUAAGAAAAAGAAAACCAUCGUGAUACCUAUGGUCAAGGAAGUUGAUUGGCGCGUUGCUAAACUUCUAGCUCUGGAGAAAGAGGGCAAAUUGACCGAUGAGGAUCGCGCAAAGUUAGCAAUCCUCACUGAAGAACAGCCUUUUGCUUCAUCAAAUAACUCCAACGGUAACGAUGCAAUAGUAGUAGAAGAGGCGGAGAAGGUCACCGAAGAUGCUGAUUACAGUGCGGUGCCUAUUGAGGACUUUGGGCUCGCUAUCUUGAGAGGGUGUGGAUGGAAGGAUGGUGAGGGAAUUGGACGACAUCCACAGGUGGUCCCUUUGCGGAUACUUCCCAGACGCCCUAAUGGUCUCGGUCUCGGUGCAAAGCCUCCACAACCUGAAUCUGGUGCAAAGGUAGUUUUUUAUGAUAAUAUCGCGGUUAGAGGCAAAUAUAUAUAUAUAUAUAUAUAUUUUAGAACAGUAAAGGUGAAGAUCAAGUUGAAGAAGAAAUCAAAAAGGAUUCCUUAAUA